GUAGCAUCAAACAUGACUAUAAGAGGACCCUGUCUCUCCUCAUCUCACACACCUCCAAUCAUCCAUCAUCUCAAGCAGGAUAACCAGACCUUCUCUGUUCCACGGUGACAUGACGACCACCACUACCAUGACAACCACUACCAUGACAACCAGAGUCCUGAUGCUCCUUGCUGUGUUUGUCUGGGUGGCCCAGGCCCAACGCUCAGGCAGUCAGCGCUGUCUCUGCCGCAAGAUCAGCAACAAACUGCGCUCCCAGGCCACAGAAGUGGAGGACAUCCAAAUCCACCCACCAGGAAACUCCUGUGACAGGAUGGAAUUUGUUGUGAGUCUGAAGAACGGUCUGCAGUACUGUCUGGACCCCAAGAUGAAGCUGGUUCAGAAGAUGCUCAGAAGCUUCAUGAACAAGCCCACCAGCCCACCUCAGCUUCCAGAGCAGCUCAGACUCUGAAACAUGACUCUGACUGCUCAGACUCCCUCUCUGAGACUCUCCCUGCCUCAAGGACAAGCAUUCUGUUAGCUGAAAGCCAAAGAUUUAAAAUCUUAAAGGAACUCAAUAGUUGUAUUUGUUUUCUUGUCAUUUUCCCGUUUGUAUUGUUUUACCAUUUUACAAUAUGCUUUUAUAAAGUCUGUCCUGUCUGUUACACACAUAAGCUAUGAGACAAUAAAGUUUUUUUUAAUAAA